GCGUUUGACAGCUGAAAUCCGAUUGGCCGCUGCUGUUUGAAGCCUUGGAGAUGAUGUUCAUGGCUACCUGACUGUGUUUUUAAAUAUGAUGGAGUUGGAUGUGAAUAUUGAUGCAGAACACAAGGACUGUUUCAGAUCUACGAGACGUUAAUGAACGGGACAUCGGCGCGUCUGACUCUCGUACUGCGAGAUGUGACAGGAUGCUGAACCAUCACUGCAGAAGGAACCCGGAGCUACAGGAGGAGCUGCAGAUCCAGGCAGCGGUGGCGGCCGGCGAUGUCUACACCGUCCGCAAGAUGCUGGAGGAGGGCUACUCGCCCAAGAUCAGAGACGCCAACGGCUGGACGCUGCUGCACUUCUCCGCAGCCAAGGGCAAGGAGCGCUGCGUGCGAGUUUUCCUCGAACACGGAGCCGAUCCCACAGUGAAGGAUUUCAUCGGAGGCUUCACUGCUCUCCAUUACGCCGCCAUGCACGGCCGCGCCCGCAUCGCCCGCCUCAUGCUGGAGUCGGAGUAUCGUAGCGACAUCAUCAACGCCAAGAGCAACGACGGCUGGACCCCUUUACACGUGGCGGCCCACUACGGCCGCGACUCCUUCGUCCGUCUCCUCCUGGAGUUCAAAGCCGAGGUGGACCCGCUCAGCGACAAAGGCACCACGCCGCUUCAGCUAGCCAUCAUCCGCGAGCGUUCCAGCUGCGUGCGCAUUCUGCUCGAUCACAACGCCAACAUAGACAUUCAGAACGGCUUCCUGUUGCGUUACGCCGUCAUUAAGGGCAACCAUUCGUACUGUCGCAUGUUCCUGCAGAGGGGAGCCGACACCAACCUGGGCCGACUGGAGGACGGACAGACGCCCCUGCACCUGUCGGCCCUCAGAGACGACGUGCUGUGCGCUCAGAUGCUGUACGCGUACGGAGCCGACACCAGCACCAGGAACUACGAGGGCCAGACCCCUGUGGCCGUUUCCGUCAGCAUGUCUGGGAUCAGUCGGCCCUGUCUGGACUUCCUACAGGAGGUCACGAGGCAGCCCAGGACUUUGCAGGAUCUGUGCAGGAUAAAGAUCCGUCAGUGUAUCGGCCUCCAGAGCUUAAAGUUUCUGGAAGAUCUGCCCAUCGCCAGGGUGAUGAAGGACUACCUGAAACACAAGUUCGACAACGUUUGACGCAGGCCCACCGCGUGCACUGAGCCUUUCUGUAGGUUCCCGGGGAGACUAUGCAAACUCUUUUUUUUAUUUCCACUCGAACCUCUGAGAGCAGGUGCACAGUUUUUGUACAAGCGUGUUUGUACAGAGCGAAAGUACAUAUUUACAGAGUAAUGACUGUGAAACGGGAGCACCGUAUGGCCAGCUUGAUACGUUUGUGUGUGUUUGGCUUGUGCACCUUGAGAAAUUCCUGACCCACAACAGGAGAAUUCGCGGAAGUUUGAUACGUACCAAAUAUCGUUUUUUAUCGACAAGGCCUUUGUAAGUAUUGACAUUUUCUAUCGUCUAAAUUCUCAGACAAGAACACGGAUAAAUCCCUUCAUGUCACUCUGUUUGAUAUGAAUAAAAACAUGCAUGCGGUAACCGUAUCCUCAUGUCUGGAGACAUUAUAAUAGCUCUUUAAAAAUGUAACAAUCCUAACAAAUACUAAAAACCUUUGGGCCACAUGGGUUAAAAAAACCCGUUUCUCUUGCGCUCGACCAUGAAUCCGAGCCAGAUUUUUUGUUCUCCAGGAAGAGAUUCCGAACGAAAGGUGCUUGGCUUUGCAUCCACAGUUAUGGGAAAAGGUAUAGUCGUGACAAGCUUCUCUAGGUAAACAUGUAUACACUCAUAAAUCAAUGUAAAUAUUUGUGUCAUAUGUACAGCAGAUAUUUUUAGACUAUUUAAGCCACAUGCUUGUGUUCUCAACGUGAUUCUGUGUUUUUCAUGUGACCUGUUAAGGGCUUCGAUGUGGGAAUGUUUCAGCCUGUAAUUAUAAGAAUAUCAACUGCUAUUAUUUUCAUGCUUGAUUUCAAAUCAAUUGGCCGUAAUGUUUUGUUUGCGCCCAUGAAAGAAUCUUAAAUCUUUGCUUUCAGUUUUUGUCUCUUUUGUAAUCUAACAGUUUUAAAUGCACUUACUUUUUUUGUUUGUCCCACCCACGUCUGAAUAGCAUUAAGUUGGCACUUGCUAAAGCAAACAUUUCCUCCCAUUAACAUCUCAGUCAAGGUGACGGAGCGUUUAGGGGGCUGUACUGACGUUAGUUAGUACUCGUCCGCUAAUCAUCGUAUUUUUUUACCGUGCCACUUCAGACACUAUCUGCCUUUACUCGCAUUCAGUCUCAUCGCAUCAUGAACAAGUGCAUUAAAGCCACCCGCCGCAGCAUUAAAUUAUUUACGUCUCCGUGUGCGCUCUUUCUUGUCUUGUUAGUAUGGAUUUGCUUUAUGUCUGAAACGAUCUCUGAGCGAAUGAUUGUUACCGUAAGGUAUUGAAGGUUUGGAGGAUGUGUUUCGCACCCAGGGAUUGCUUGAGCUUUCUGAAACGUCUUUAAGAAUCGAAAGUCUUCCAAAACGUCAACUACUGAAUGUAUAUAAUGUGCUGUUUGCCGAGCUUCAAGUGUACAACUGUGUGAAUAAAUGGAUCUCUUUUGUUAUAUUUUGAAGCAGUAAUUGUGCCGUGCUCAUCCAUUGCAUUUUUUUUUCAGAGAGUUUGAUUUCAUAAUAAAAUGUCUGAUGAACAUG